UCCAAUCCUCCAAAGCAAGCCCAAGCUUGUCAACACAUACCCACAAUCUCAUCAACCAUCGAAACGUUUUUAAUCUUUCAAACUUAUUAUCUGUUUCUUCGUCUGAAUUCUUAAAGAAGCAAUCGAGAUGGCCCGAAUUUCUUCAGACCCGCUUAUGGUUGGGAGGGUGAUUGGAGACGUUGUGGACAAUUGUUUGCAGGCAGUGAAAAUGACAGUGACCUAUAACUCCGACAAGCAAGUCUACAAUGGCCAUGAACUUUUCCCUUCUGUGGUUACAAACAAACCUAAGGUCGAAGUUCAUGGGGGUGACAUGAGAUCAUUCUUCACUUUGGUCAUGACUGAUCCUGAUGUUCCUGGACCUAGUGAUCCUUAUCUGAGGGAGCACUUGCACUGGAUUGUUACGGAUAUCCCAGGGACAACCGACGUGACAUUUGGAAAGGAAAUAGUAGGGUACGAGAUGCCUCGGCCAAACAUAGGGAUCCACCGGUUUGUGUAUUUGCUUUUCAAGCAGAACCGUAGAGGAAGUGUGAUUUCUGUGCCGUCUUAUAGAGACCAAUUCAACACUCGAAUGUUUGCACAUGAGAACGAUCUCGGCCUCCCCGUUGCAGCUGUUUUCUUCAAUUGCCAACGUGAAACCGCUGCUAGACGCCGCUGACUGACUUCCGCCCUCCGUUCCCGGACAAUAUCGGUUGUUCCAUGAAUUCAACAUAUUAGUUACGGGAAGCAGAUUUCUAUUAUCAUAUUUAUAUAUGUGUGUUGUACUGUUUGUGAUCUGAAUAAACUUGGCUUUUCUUGUUACUCAUUUUGAUCGUUGUUUUAAUCUUUUGAAUGUACAUGUAUUAUAACUGAUAUUUCUUGCUACUUACGUUAAAAUAUAUAGUUGUACUAGGG